UUCCGUAGGAUCCAAAGAGAGAAUUGAGAGAAAAUAUCUGUUAAUGACAACGACACUUGUAACUUGUGAAGCAAUACCAUAUUCUGCUAGCAACAACGGGAUAAUGGUUUCAAAAGAGCGACCAGAGAUUGUACGAUUCACUGUAGACACUCCACUUCCCGAAUUACCACCAGAUGAAAAGAUACAGAAAUGGAAUACUGGGUCGAUCACAGUGAAUACUUUCAUCAGUUAUUUGUCAUGUCAUGAAUGCAAAGAGGAUAUUGACAAAGAAGAGCAUUAUCCAGGCGAACAGCGUUGUCAACAAUGUCGUUACAUCACAUGUUGGCGUGCGUUUCAAGAGCAUCAACAACAAAUCUAUAAUGAAAGGCCGAAGACCAGUCUGAUCGUGCCAUCUCCUUUAAUAAACAUCCCGCUGGAAAGAAAACUGCAAUGUCUGUGCGGUUACACGUCGAAUGAUAGCAAUCGAUUAGCAAGACAUUUGAUAAAUGUAAAAAAACAUCGGCACAUCCUGUUGAUCAACACAGUCUGGUAUGCUUGAUGAUAGUUUAGGACUAGUACCAAAGUCUACUUCUGAGGAAUGUGAUGCACACGAGAAAUCCCAUUCACGCCAUUAAAGUGAAACAUGGAAAUGAAAAAUGUAAUUGGAUUGAAUAAGACAAGAUAUAAUCUCCGGAUAAUUUUUUAUUUAUAAACUUCAUGUUUGAGUGGAACAAAACUUUAAGUUGCUACAAAUAGUUUCAGAACUAGAUGCAGAAUGUAAAAAAUUUUUAAUUCAAUUAAUUAUUUCACACAUAUGCGUACUUUGUUGAAUUAUUGUAAAGCAUUACAUAUUACACAAGUUUACAUAUUUUCCUCCAAUUAGUAACUAGUAUAAACGAUAGCAUAAUAAUAAAUAUAGUUUAAUUUCCAAUAGUUCUUGAUAUGUAGUGCUUGAUAUAUAUCUUGUUUGCUUGAAUUCAGAUAACGUAAUUUCUUAUAAAAAUAUUUGUAGUGAGGAAUAACAAUAUAGAGGAAUAACAAUUUUAUUAAAUGUUUAGUAAUUAAGAAACGUAGCAUACAUAU